AUGGACAGACAUGGAUUCAACAAGGCAGCUCGUCCUUCUGAAGUCAGGAUUGUGCUUCUUGGUAAAACUGGAGUGGGGAAGAGUGCAACAGGAAACACCAUUCUGGGUCAAGAUGUUUUUCGUUCAGGUCUUGGCUUUUCCUCAAUCACCAUGAAAUGUCAGGAGAGAACUGCUCAUAUUGGACAGAAUAGAGGCUUGUUGGAGGUUAAUAAGACAAUGGACAGACAUGGAUUCAACAAGGCAGCUCGUCCUUCUGAAGUCAGGAUUGUGCUUCUUGGUAAAACUGGAGUGGGGAAGAGUGCAACAGGAAACACCAUUCUGGGUCAAGAUGUUUUUCGUUCAGGUCUUGGCUUUUCCUCAAUCACCAUGAAAUGUCAGGAGAGAACUGCUCAUAUUGGACAGAAUAGAGUCAGAGUGGUUGACACUCCAGACUUCUUCUAUGCAACACACACACAGGAGGGUUUGACUUCAGAGAUAGAAAGGUGUAUUGGUCUGUCUGAGCCUGGACCUCAUGCAUUUCUCUAUAUUCUAACUCCUCAUACAUUCACAGAGCAGGAGAGAGAUGUGGUCACUGUAUUUGACAAAUGUUUUGGUAAAACAGCCAGAAAAUACACAAUGAUUGUUUUUACUCAUGGAGAUGAGGUGAACAAUACAACUAUAGAGGAAUUAUUAGAGAGAAAUGCUAAGUUGUCAGAGCUGAUCCAGAAGUGUGAUUGGAGAUUUCAUGUACUCAACAACAAAGACAGAGCCAACAGAAAACAGGUGACUGAUCUGCUGGAAAAGAUUAUCAUCUUGAUGAAUGUGAAUAACGAUGGCUUCUACACUAUUAACAUGUUGCAUGAGGCUCAACGAGAGGCUGAUAUUAUAAAAGAGAAACGACUCAGAGAGGAAGAGAGAAAAAGAGAGGAGGAAAGAGAAGCUUACCAGAGACUGUUAGAGGAAGAGAGAAAAGAGAUAGAAGAAAGGACUCUCUCAACACGCCUAAAGUGGAGCAAACCGGGGGCUAUCUCGGUCACCAGCGGGGUUGGCUACGUCCAUUGUAGGGAAAUGUUCUCCACCGAUGCAGUGUCGUCAGCCGGGGUGGGACGAUGCAAAAGUCUCAGGCCUCCCAGCGAUCGGCCUGGCGGAACACCAUGGGAGGGUGGGGGCGGUCAGAGGGACGAUCCAUUCAACCUGAGCAAAAACAGCUACAACACAGAUCAAUAA